AUGCAGCCCGUCCUCCUGCGCUUCGCGCCCUCCCCCACGGGCGCACUCCACCUCGGCGGCCUCCGCACCGCCCUCUUCAACCACGUCUUCGCGCGGAAGCACGGCGGGCGCUGGAUCCUCCGCAUCGAGGACACCGACGCGACCCGCGCGGUGCCCGGCGCUGUGGAGGGCAUACGCGAGAUGUUGGGCUGGGCGGGGCUGGAGUACGACUUUGGGCCUGGCAAGCAUGGCCCGCACGGCCCCUACUUCCAGUCCGAGCGGCUCGACCUCUACCACUUCUACGCCAAGAAGCUCCUCGACUCAGGACACGCGUACCGCUGCUUCUGCUCGCCCGACCACCUGGCGGCGACGCGCGAGCGCCUCGCGCGCGCCGGCAUGAACACGACGUACGACAAGGCGUGCUUGAACCUGACUGAAGAGGAGGUCGCGCGGCGCGUGCGCGCGGGCGAGAAGUCCAUCGUUCGCCUCAACGUACGUCCCGACUCGAACCUCCCCCGCCGCACGACGCCGCCCGAUCUUAUCUUCGGGCACCUCCGCGACGCGCACGCGUCCCUCCCCACCGACCCUGUCCUCCUCAAGUCCGACCUCUUCCCGACGUACCACCUCGCGUCCGUCGUGGAUGACUUCGAGAUGGGCAUCACGCACGUCCUGCGCGGCGAGGAAUGGCUCCCGUCGCUCCCCCUCCACCUCGACCUGUACGCCUCCCUCGCGCUCGACCCGCCCAAGUUCGCGCACCUCCCGCUGCUCCUCAACGCAGACGGCACGAAGAUGUCGAAGCGCAAGGGCGACGUCCAAGUCGAAGACUACAUGCGACGCGGGUGGGAGCCGGGCGCGAUCCUAAACUGGCUCGCGCUCGCCGGCUGGGGCGUCCACUCGCACGCGCAGCCAGCGCCGGCACCUGAUUCCGAAACGCCCCCUCCUACCUCCACUCCGCCUCCACCUCCGCCGCCUCCACCUUCUCCUUCCGCGUCUUCUUCGUCCCCGCGCACUGCAGCCCCGGAUAGCACCACCAUUCUAUCCCUCCCCGAAAUAAUCGCCCAGUUCGACCUCGCCGCGCUAACCCACCGCCGCACCGUCCUCGAUCCGGCCAAAUUAGAGUACAUCAACAAACACCACCUCAUGCGCGCGUGGGCCACGGACGCCGGCCUGCAGAGCCUCGCCGAGCGCGCGCGCCCCCUCGUCGUGAGCGCGUUCCCGCAAAGGUGA